AUAGCCUACGUACUCCUCCAACAACCCACCAAGCUAUUAGCUCCUGAAAAAUACUACAAGCUAUGGCUUCCAAGAAUCUCCCUGCCUUCAUUUUUAUUCUUUCUAUCCUAAUCUCCUCGACAUUCUCAGAUGCUUGCGGUUCUUGCCAGCCUAAGCCAAAGCCAACGCCUCCUGCAGUGUCUCCUCCUUCCAAGCCAAGUUGCCCAAUAGAUGCAUUGAAGCUAGGGGUUUGUGCAGACCUUCUUGGACUUGUCAAUGUUGUAGUGGGGGAUCCUCCUUCAGGCAGCAAGUGCUGUGCUGUGCUUCAGGGUCUAGUUGAUGCAGAAGCCGCUUUGUGUCUAUGCACUGCUAUUAAAGCAAAUGUUCUUGGAAUCAACUUGAAUGUGCCUGUUUCACUCAGCUUGCUUGUCAGUGCUUGUAGCAAAUCUGUUCCUCCUGGCUUCCAAUGUCCAUCCUAGAUAUAGAUCUGGCCAUUCUCUUUUGUGUGUUUUGUGAGUAAAUGUGAAAAUGCUGUUGUUGUUGUUAAUGAAUUGGUCAUCCGGGGCGGGGGGUUGUUCGUGGGUUUAGUUUCUUGUGAUGUACUUUGUUUUCCUCUCUGUAUCUUUGUUGUUGCUAAUUGAUGUGUGAUUUGGUGAAAUAACCAGGUAAACCCUGUUUACCUUCGCCUCUUAUGUAUUACUUCAUGAUUAAUGCAAGUUACUAUCAUGAAUUAGAUCA